AUGUUAAAAGUCAUGCCUUGCUACUUUGAUAUUGAUGACAAAGACGUUAGCACUAUGCCGAUUUGGAUAAAUUUACCGGGAUUGCCAUUUGAGUUUUGGAACACAAGUGCAUUGGUUAAGAUUGUUUCCAAAGUUGGUAAACUCAUCUUGAUCGAUAAGGUCACGGCAUCAAGAGGUAGACUAUCUUAUGCAAAAGCCCUAGUUGAAAUUGACGCAUCUAUUGAGUUUGUGUGGAUGGUAAAGAUAAGACUUCCUAAUGGCACUUUAAGGGAACAAGAAAUUAUUUUCAAGCAGGAACCUAAAUUUUAUGGUUCUUGUAAAGUGUUCAAGCAUUCCAACCUUGGUUGCAACUACAACAAACAAGCUAUAGGUGGCAAAGGUAAGUACACAAAUGGUGAGAUGUCAGUUGCCCCCAUAUCGGCUGCACAUGAGAAAAACGUACAGGGGCUUCAAUCCCCCCUCAAACAAAAUGGGAUUAGGGAUUUCAUUAAUCAACAUUGCAUUGAUGUUAUGGGUAUUUUGGAGAUGAAGCUUGGAGAUCGAAAGUUGAACCAAGUUAUGCGGAAUAGAUUUAAUGGUUUUAUGCAAGUCAAUAAUUUUUACACUCAUAGAGCCAGGAGGAUUUUGAUCUCGUGGAAUCCAUCCAAAAUCAAAUUGGAAGUUUUGGAGACGAAGCCACAAGCCAUCCAUUGUAUUGCUACUUGUAAGAGGCCUCUUUGGAACGAUUUCAUGGAUUUCAAUGCAAAUGUGUCAUUACCUUGGAUGCUGUUUGGUGAUUUUAACAAUGUGCUUAAAUUUGAUGAGAAAAGCAAUGGGGCGGAAGUAACUCAUAAAAUUAAAGAUUUUGCUAAUUUUUGCCUUCAUGUUGGUCUCACGGAUGUGCGCUCCAUUGGUUGUCUUUAUACAGGGACUAAUAAUUUGAUGUGA